AUGCAAAAAGAAGAAAAGUUGUAUUCUUGGAUGCAUUCUCUACUCUUUUAACUCCUAUAACUUUCUUGAUUCUUCUUCCUUCUUUUCUACCCAAGCCCUUUAAAUUUCUCUGCAAAAUCACUGUACAAAACGUACGUAAAUAUCUAUUCAUACAAUGGAUAAGCCACAAGAUAUAGAAGGCAAGAAGAUAAAGAGAAAUCGAGACAGCAGUAAACAUCCAGUUUACAGAGGAGUACGAAUGAGGAAUUGGGGAAAAUGGGUAUCAGAAAUUCGUGAGCCACGUAAAAAAUCACGUAUUUGGUUAGGGACUUUCCCAAAUCCAGAAAUGGCAGCUAGAGCUCAUGACGUGGCAGCUUUAAGCAUAAAAGGUAACUCAGCAAUUCUCAAUUUCCCUGAACUAGCUGCUUCACUCCCUAGACCAGUUACACUUAGCCCUCGUGAUAUUCAAGCAGCAGCAGCUAAAGCAGCAGCAAUGGACAAAUUUGAUAACAAUAAUAUAAACAUUACGUUUUCUUCUUCUGAUUCAUCACCUAAUAAUUCUACUUCAUCUUCUUCAAAUAUGUCAACUUCUUCUUCACUAUCAUCGUUGGUAUCAGCAAUUGAUUUGGCAACAUCUGAGGAAUUGACACAAAUUAUUGAGCUGCCAAGACUAGGCACGAGUUAUUUUGACGAUGAGUUGAAGAAUGAUUUUGUGUAUUGUGAUCAUUCGGCAGUGGAAGGUUGGUUAUAUCCUGAUGAUGGAGGAAUGAUUUAUUCAAGCUGUUUUGAGCCUUCUUUGUUGUGGAAUUACUAAUUUUUAAGUAUUGUGUGCUAAUGAUGCAACCCUUCAAAUUUGUGUGGACUAUGGAUUUUCUUCUUCAUCUUUUUUUUGUUGGUGUUUGUAUAAAAAAAAAAGGUUUUAGCCUUUUCUUCAAUUUUUCUGUAGAGGGGCUAAAUAGACUUUUUCUUGCCAUUUCCUUUCUUCCCUUUUGUAAGUGUAAGUUGCAAGUCUUGCUCUUCAAUAAAUCUAACUGUACAGUGUUAGGAAGGGAAGAAUUAAAAGGUCAUAAAUGCCUUGUCAAUAUUUGUUGGUCUACUGACCUAUCUUUCAUUUGUGUGUUUCUUCUCUCUUUAAAUGAGUGAUGUUAACUGUUAAGCUAAUGCUUAACUCUCUCA